AUGGGGGGCUCCGGUUUCAGACCCCGUGACCGCACCACAGCAGCCGCUGCCCGCGGCAGCAUGGGGCAGCCCUGGCCUCCGGAGCCUGGCCCUGCAUCCGCAGGACCCUCCCAGUCUUCUCGAGUGCAGAUUCGGGGGUUCAGGAGGAGACCAAACAAGAGGCUCCUGUCACCUCUCCGAGUACCCCUUAGAGGCCACCCAUCCCAGCCUGACCAAUGUCCACAGCCAGAACUUCUGUCAUCCCUGUCCCAUCUCAUCUUCAGCACCCGGGCACACGUGUUCCAGAUUGACCCCACUACCAAGCGGAACUGGAUCCCCGCCGGCAAGCACGCACUUACUGUGUCCUAUUUCUACGAUGCAACCAGAAAUGUGUACCGAAUCAUCUGCAUCGGGGGUGCCAAGGCCAUCAUCAACAGCACAGUCACCCCCAACAUGACCUUCACCAAAACCUCGCAGAAGUUCGGGCAGUGGGCAGAUAGUCGAGCCAACACUGUCUAUGGCCUAGGCUUUGCCUCUGAACAGCAGCUGACCCAGUUUGCUGAGAAGUUUCAGGAGGUGAAGGAAGCUGCCAGGCUGGCUCGGGAGAAAUCUCAAGAUGGUGGAGAAUUCACUAGUCCUGCCCUAGCCCUUGUGUCCCACCAGGUUCCCCCAAGCCCCUUGGUCAGCACCAAUGGUCCGGGAGAGGAGAAGCUGUUCCGCAGCCAGAGUGCUGAUGCCCCUGGACCUACCGAGCGGGAGCGGUUGAAGAAGAUGCUGUCAGAAGGCUCCGUGGGCGAGGUCCAGUGGGAGGCUGAGUUCUUUGCGCUGCAGGACAGCAACCAGAGGCUGGCAGGGGCCCUUCGCGAGGCCAACGCGGCUGCCUCACAAUGGAGGCAGCAGCUAGAGGCCCAACGGGCAGAGGCCGAACGCCUGCAGCAGCGGGUGGCAGAGCUGGAGGCCCAGGCUGCUGCAGAGCCAGUCCUGGUGGGUGAGAAGGAGGCAGCCAGCCAGUCUGUGGAGCAACUGGAGGCUAGGGUGCAGACCAAGGACCAGGAGAUCCAGACUUUGAAGAAUCAGAGCUCAGGGACAAGAGAAGCGCCUGACACCACUGAGCGGGAGGAGACACAGCAGAAGGUUCAGGAUCUGGAGACUCGGAAUGCGGAGUUGGAGCAGCAGCUGCGAACCAUGGAAUGCAGCCUGGAGGAGGCGCGGGCCGAGCGGGAGCGUGCACGGGUGGAAGUGGGCAGGGCCGCGCAGCUGCUGGAUGUGCGGCUGUUCGAGCUGAGUGAGUUGCGUGAGGGCCUGGCACGCCUGGCAGAGGCCGCACCAUAGUUGGCCCAGGUGGGUCUGUGGCAUCCCAGGUGCCCUGGCUGGGGACCACCUCUGCCUCUGAGCUUUGCACUGUGUAGAGUUUUCUAGAAUCCAUGGGUGGCGCUGAUACCCAGAUUACACUUCUACGUGGCUGUACAAGCACAUGAUAUUGCUGGCACCUGUUGCUGGCCGCUGCUGCCCUGCACCCCAGGGAUGUGAGGAAGGGCCACAGCAGUCAUCCCCACAGGGCAACAGAGAGAGGCUCUGAUAACCAGAGACCCGCAGCCCUGCACCCAUCCCGCCCCAUUCUCAAGUCGGACUGACAUGUUCAGAGUGUUUACUAAGAUCCUCUGCAGCCCACCCAGGGGACUAGCAGCAACAGGUUCACACUCAGGUCUGCGCCUCGGCCUGGGUCUGUGCUGGAGGCCGAGGUCUGGGAGGACGAGCCCCCUGGCCCGCACUCCCCAGUUUCUGUCGACGAAGGGUCUGCCCCACCUUCUCCUUGAAGCGCUUGUUCUGUUGCUUGAUCUUGGCCAGCUCCGCCUUGCGCUUGGCCUCCAGGUCGGGGUCCUGAGGAAGGAAGCCUGGCUGAGAUGGGAGCCUGAGGCUUCCCAGGGAAAGGCUCCAUCCCCAAGCCCAGGCCACCCUACUGGCCACAUCCCCAUGCCUGGCCCCCUCCCUGCCCUCUGUCCAUACCUUCCCCUCCAGGAUCAGCUGCUUCCGCUUGUUGAUCUCCUUCUUUUCAUCAAAAUGGGAAGCCUCCAGUUUCUAGCCGGGAAGGCACGGGUCAGGGCAGGUCUGCAGGGAGCCCUGCUUCACAACCCGCCCUGUGCACACCCCAGUGGCCACACUCACGAUCUCGCACUCUCUGCGAACCACGUUGACCUGCGUGAGGAUGUUCAGGACCUCGGCCUCCUCCACCACCAGUUCCUCCAGCUGUUUCUCUGCGGGGCAGGGUGGGAGAGCAAGACCAGCAGCACUGAGUUGAGCUGUGAGUGCGACUGGCUCUCUGCACCCCCAGUUCUGGAUGUCUGGUCCCCAUAUUUGGACCAAUAACAUUUAAAAGAAGCAAAAUUGUGCCAAACUUGGUGGCACAUGCCUGUCACAGCAUUGUGGGAGAGGAGGCAGGGGGUUCACUGUGAGUCCCAGGCCAGCUCCCUAGAGCAAGGAUUUGUCUCAAAUAAAUGAAUGAAUAAAUGGAAUGAACUGAGAUGCAGGUGCCUGUGAUCCCAGGACUUCUAGGCCACUGCAGCCUAAACCCAGAGAGCUCAGGGAAGUGUGCUGCAGGGUUCAGAUGGUUGUCUCAGUGGCUGUUAAGAUGUGGAGAGGGCUCAAGUCCUGGCCCACCUCCCUCCCACAGACGCACCUUCAGCAGGCAUUGUUGUAGUGUUGGCUGGGUACCAUUAACAGAGCACUCUGCACUGUGUAAAGUUCUAAGGUGGCCCAGGCAGGGAGGCCACCCACAGACCCUACCCACUUACUGAUCUGCUCCUCGACAGCAUGCAAAAGGUGGAUGUCAUACUGUGUCACCAGUGUGAUGGCCUGUCCCUGCCGCCCUGUGGGGACAUACAUGUUAUAGGACUUGGGCCCCACCAAGGGGCUCAUCCCAGCUGGUUGGCUCCAAGAUUCUCAGAGGCUCAGAACAAGAACUUGGUAGGAAGGGACCAGUUCAGAGGACUAGGGCUCCACCCAGGGUAGGGUCUGUAUGUGGGAGCUGCAGGGCAAUGGGAGACAACUCUGCUAAGCUGGCCUCCUGUGAGGCUUUCCCUUUUUAGCUAGGCUGCCGGGAAGCCAGGCCUUAGGCCUGCUCUGCUGUCCCCUCUCCAGUGGUGACCAAGCUGAUGCACACCUGACAGGCUGCUCAGAAUUCCCUAAGGCCACAGGGUUACAGCAUGGGGAAAUAGCAAAGCAGAUGUCUCCCUGGCCCCUGGGUCACACCCCAGUGAGAUGCCAGGCUGGAGCACAGAGGGAAGGUUGGGACUGAGCCUCGAGGUCUGUCUCAUGACAGACCUGAGCUCCCCAGUGUCUCUCGCCACAGCUAGAACCUCACAUAGCCGGCCGGCUCUGCUCACCUGCACGGGCUGUUCGACCAACUCGGUGGAUGUAGAUCUUGGGGAGCCCGGGGGUGUUGUGGUUGAUGACAACUUGCACAGUGGGGAUGUCCAGGCCCCUGGAGGUAUGAAUCACUCAGCUGGGGAAUCCAAGGGGGAGACCAAGGCUGACACUCAGCACUCCCCAUGUGCAGCCCAGCUUCCUGUCCUCAUGGGGUCCAGGCCACUGGAGGACAGGCAGGCUGCACUGGGCCUACUCACCUUGAGGCCACAUCAGUGGCAAUAAGAAUCCGGUACACACUGGACUUGAACUUGGCCAGGGCUGCAAAGCGCUCUUUCUGUGCCACAGGUGGGGGAGAGGUUUGUGAGCAGAUGGAGGGUGCUAGGACAGGCAGAGACCAGGGAGGAGGUAGUCCCAAAGCCAAAUGGGACAACAGAGUGACACGGGGAGAGGGUGGGACAUCACUUAGCUGUGAUAUCUUUUUUUUUUUUUAAAUAAAGACAGGGCUGAACUGGGCAGUGGUGGUGCAUUCCCAGGACUCGGGAAGCAGAGGUAGGCAGCCUGGUUUACAAAGCUACACAGAGAAACCCUGUCUCGAAAAAUCAAAGACAGGGUCACACCGGGUGUGGUGGUGCACACCUUUAAUUCCAGCAUUUAGGAGGCAGAGCCAGGAGGAUCUCUGAGACCAGCCUGGUCUAAAUGGAGAGUCCCAAGACAGACAGGUACUACAUAGAGAGACCCUGUCUCAGAAACAAAAACCAAAAACAAAACACAGGGUCUCCAUUAGCCUAAGAUGGCUUUGAUUUUCUGAUUUCCUGCUCCUCCCCACCUCCAGAGUGCUGGGAGUCCAGGUAUACAUGUAACAGGCAUAUAAACCCAGGGUCUCACACAUGCUAGACAGCACUCUUCCAACUGAACCCCAUGCCCAGCCUCUGGUGACCUGCAAGACUGGAGAGGCUGUGCCGUGCCCAUCACCUGCUUCAUCAUGGAGUGCAGUGCCACCGUGGGGAAGCUCAACUUCCGCAGCAUCAUACAAAGGACUUGACAGGUCCUGGUGGGAAAGGGAUGGUUGUGGUGUCCCUGUCCCAACCCACUGAGACAUCACACAGGUGGCCUAGGGGUCGGAGAAACACUAGGUCUGCUGCCUGCCUGCCGUGCUCUCAAAGCUGGAACCAACAAGGACCAGCCCCAACCGUGGCGCUGACUCCCAGAAUAGUGCUCUCAGGCUGGUCCCUGCUGAGCUUGACGGCCACUCAGCCCCACUCCACAAAAAGACACAGAAGCCCAUCUCUGCCCUUCUGACUCAAGCUGACAAAGCCAACAGCUAUUUUGAGAUUUUUGUUUUGUUUGAGUCAAGGGCUCACUGUGUAGCUCAGGCUGGCCUGGAACUCACAGAUCUGCAUGCCUCCUGGGUGUUAGAAUAACACACCAGCACUAGCAGGCCAGGCCUGGUCUAGCUUCACCUUCACAUGAGGGGAGCUUCUCACUCACUUGCAGGUGUUGGUGAAGAUGAUGAUGGAGCAGUCCUCCAGCUGGUUUUGGAAGGUCUGGACCAAGUGCACCAGGUAGGCAUCCUUCACCUUCUCCGGCACCAGCAGGUAGCGCUGGUCAAGCUGCUCCACUGUCCGAACCCUGGAGGUGGAAGGUCGGAGAAACACAGCCUAAGUUACCCCUUCUGUCUGACUCUCUGGUCUGACCCUCACCACAGCUUUAGGACUCACGGGGCCUGAGCCUCCCAGAAGAAGGGCUGGUUGGUGGCCAGGCCCUGCAGCUCUUUGAGUGUGUCGGUCAGCGUGGCACUGAACAGCAGCGUCUGCCUGCGCACUGGAAUGGCUGCCAGGAUGGUCUCCAGGUCUGCAGUGAAAUCGGUGCAACCUUGCUCCAGCAAUCGGUCGGCCUCAUCCAUCACCUGGAUCAGAGGGGUGGGAGACAGGGCUGGACCAGUGCAAGAGCUGCCCUAAGCCCAGCACACCUGCUUUUCAAGGACUGUGUGCAAUGUGCUCCAGAGCACUGUCCCAGCGUUAGGCCAUGUCACUACUCUGCAGGCCCUCUUGUCUCUACUGAGCUUUGUGUUUGUUUGAGGCAGGAUCUCCAUGUGUAGCUCUGGCUGUCCUGGAACUUACUAUGUAGACCUGGCUGGCCUCUAACUCAUAGAGACCCUUCUGCCACCACCUCCCGAGUAUUGGGAUACAAUAGGUAAGUGCCAACAUGCCCAGGUGGCCCUUGUCUUUAUUUCUAGCCCUUUGCCCAGUGAUCUGUGAAACCAGUGUCAGGAAUGAAUGCCAGCAGAGCACAGUGGCCCACAUUUAAACAGAGUUCCAGCAUAGCUGGGGCUACAGAGAGAGACCCUCCUCAAACAAAAGCAGAGAGCAAGGGAAAGGAGAGAAGAAAGGAUGGAUACUGCAUGUUUCACAGUGGUUUUCGGCUCCAGGACCGAGGGGGAGCAUCACUGGCUUACCAGGAAUCGGAUCUUUUUCAUGUUCAAAGUGUUGGAGCUGCGCAGGUGGUCAGCCAGGCGCCCAGGAGUGGCGAUCACUACGUGUGGCUUCCGAGAGAGCUCCAGUGCCUGUGCCACCAUGUCUGGAGUAGAGGGAGAGGUGAGGCUGGGUAGGUGGGACCAGCAGGGCCCCCAUGACCCACCCCAGCCUCUCAGCCCCGAUUACCCAUGCCGCCAACGAUAAUGCAGUCCUUCAGGCCCAGGGGCUUUCCCAGCACCCGGAACUGCUCAGCAAUCUGGUAGGCCAGCUCCCUGUGGAUGAAAAGGACCAGCUGGGUCAGUGUGUUGUGGGAUUUUAUUCAGUUUAUCCAAUAACUUUUGGGACAGGAAACAAGUCAUGCUUUGGGGCUUGCCUGCCUAAAAGUGGAAGGACAGGGUUGUGCACGCUCUUGCUCAUGAGCUUUCUUGGGCAGUGGCUGUAGAUCAGAUUGCAGUCCCAGUGCUUUUGGGCAGAAGCCGAGGGCUCUCUACCUUUCUAUUGUAAGUGUUCCCCAAAUAAAUAUUUGAUAUUCUUUUA